AUGCCGUCCAUCCUCAAUGACUCCGACAAAGAGACCGUCAAGCGGAUGGUCCCCAAGCCGGCGAACAAAAUCCUCGCAGUAGCCGUCGCGCGUCUUUAUGUGGCGCACCCAGAUCCUCAGAGAUGGACCUACACCGGCCUACAGGGCGCCGUAGUGCUGGCGAAUGAUUUGGUCGGGCGCACCUUUUGGUUGAAGCUGGUGGAUGUCUCGCCCGCCGGAAGAGGUGUCAUUUGGGAUCAAGAGAUCUUCGAGAACUUCCAGUACAAUCAGGAUCGCACUUUCUUCCAUACGUUCGAGCUGGAGGAUUGCCCCGCCGGUUUGUCUUUCGCCGACGAGAAGGAAGCCAAAACCUUCAUCAAGAAGGUGCACGAACGGGAGAAGAGCGCAAGCAAGGAGACCUUGAAGACACCCUUCGCAUCGGCACGAGGCCAGGGCCCUGCUCCGGUUUUGAAUGGGAAGUCUGGCGUGGGACGUUCGCUAUUCGGUAGUCUGUUGGGCCAUCGCUCCAGCACGGCGUCCAAUGCACCACAGAUUACUCCUGCGGAGCUUCCCCCGGCACCCUCGAUCCAGGUUGCUCCGCCUCCGCCGAGCAGCAGCCCGCCACGCAAAUCAAUGCCUUUCGACACUAGCGACCCAUCCAUGAAAGGCCUGCUGGACGAGCUGUUGCAGAUGGGAAUCACGGAGGACCAGAUCGCAGACAAUUCCGAUUUCAUCAAAGCAUAUAUCGAGCAGAAGCAAGGCAGUGGAGCGGAGACCUCGCCUUCACCUUCCGGUGAUGAGCAGAAAAGGGGAAAGGCCCCCCCACCGCCUCCACCGGUGGCCCCUCCUGCUCCCAAGACAAGCAAUAUCAGUCCGCAGAACACUGGUAACAGCACGGGCAGUCGACGAGGUGCUCCUCCUCCCCCACCGCCGUCGCGCAAAGCGCGCGCAGAUGCGGGAGACGAAUCGCCUGCACCGAAUCGAGAACCAUCUCCGCCCAGACCCAGAUUCCGCGCACCGCCCCCGAUUGCGGAUGCUGGUAAGUUUGCUCAUACUGUUGGCCCUGCACCCCCCAGUCGCCAACGAGCGAUGUCGGGUACCAACCCUGGGCCGCCGCCGCCUCCCCGGCCUCCCAAGACUCCUAUGGAAGACCAUUCACAAAGCCGCUUCGGAGUUCCUCCGCCUUUCUCAGGGGAGCGGAAGGUGUCUGCUCCUCCUGCACCGCCGAGUCGAAACGCCGUCCCAGGAGGACCUCCGCCGCCUCCUCCACGGACGAUGAGCCCGGCGUCACCACCGCAGCUUCCCCCCAAGGUUCCCCACGCUCAACCUUCGGCGCCAGCGCCUCCUCCCCCACCCCCGAGAAGUCCAGCUCAACCGCCUCCUGUACCGGCUCUUUCCCGGCCUACUCCACCCCCGCCGGCAUCCAGCAUGGCUCCUCCGGUGCCUCCGCCACCUCCCCCGGCGCCAGCCAGUUCCGCGCGACCACCACCGCCCCCGCCUGCAGCUGUCAGCCCCCCACUGCCUCCUCCGCCGCCGCCUGCUGGGGGAGCCCCUCCUCCUCCACCGCCACCGCCUCCGGGAGCCGGAGCACCACCUGCCCCCCCUCGAGCUGCAGCACCUCCUCCGCCCCCUCCUCCCCCGGGAGCUGGAGCUCCGCCUCCGCCUCCGCCUCCACCACCGGGUGCAGGAGCUCCUCCACCUCCCCCACCGCCCCCUGGUGUCGGUGCGCCGCCACCUCCACCUCCUCCCCCAGGGGUUGGAGCACCUCCCCCACCCCCACCUCCUGGUGCUGGGGCACCACCACCGCCGCCGCCGGGUGGAGCUGCACCACCUUUACCAAAGUCUUCUGGCGGUAGAGAUGAUCUCCUGUCUGCCAUCAGAGCAAGUGGAGGCAAAGGAGGUGGGGGCCUGCGCAAGGUCAAGGACUCCGAGAAGAAUGACCGCAGUGCCGCCUCAGUCCCAGGAGGUGCUAAUGAUUCUGGAGGGACUCCUCGCAGUGGACGUCCUCCCCAAGGAGGGUUGGCGGGCGCUCUACAAGAGGCGUUGGAUAAGAGAAAGGGGAAGGUUAGAGGAAGCGAUGAUGAGAAAGAAGACGACGAUGAUUGGUAA